AUGGGUGACAUGGGGAUAGAGCAAGACAUUAGAGCUGCAGGGAGGAGGAUGUACAGUACGAAGAAGGACACAGAGAUGGGAGGGAAAGAUACAAUCAGCUCAAAAAAAAAGAGAGGCAGAGACGGGGGAUUGGAAGACUCCCCAGAAUCCAGAAACACACAGCCCAAGUUCGUGGAAGAACCACAUUUGCUAACCGGAAGAGGAGUGGAGGAUGGCGAUGCAGGACAGGCGGAGUCACAACAUGUGGAAUCCCCCAUUGAAUCUGCAGUCAGCAAAUCGGGUCCUCCAAGCAAGGCCUGGGAGUCGACAAGUACGGGGACUGACGAGGAACGACAUCCGCAAGAAGGGCAUGGGAUUCACCAAUAUCCGGAUGGUACUCUUGCGGAAGGCAAAAUCGAGGCUUUCCAUCCGGACUUGUACGAAUUUAUGGCCCCUUGGUCACCCUGGGGGAGGGCAAUGGACCCGGCUACAGGACAUCAUGUGAAAAGGGUUGCACCAGUGGAAGAAGCCAAACCAAAGCCCAACUGGCAAGACUUCGAAGAUGGAUCUACACAUGAUGACUGGCCUACGGGACAUAAGGAAGAGGAAGCCGUGACUAAACAAGAUCUUGAACUUGUUCGGGCAAUGCGCGACCUGGAAAAUCCAAAACAGACUUAUAAACAUUGGAAAGAAUACGUCGCUUCGUUAACAGACCAUGACACUCAAUUGGAGCCUCUGAACCGCACAAUCCACAUCCUGGGACUCGGUACUGUUGGAAAAUACAUUGCCCAUUCUAUUGCUGCCUUGCCUCACGCCCCUCCGGUCACUCUUUUGAUGCAUCGCCCGCUGAUGAUGCAAAACUGGCACGACGAGGGCGCUGCCAUCCAUGUCAUCAAGGGCGACAAGCUUGAGACGCAAACCAAUUUCCACAUCGAGUCAUCAGCAGAGUUCAAGAGGCUCGAUUCCCGUCAGCGAUUCGCAGGCUUUGGUCCAAAUGCCGAACACACUGCAGAGCCACCGGCUUACCCGAUCGAUACGGUGAUUGUGACGACCCCCACCGACAGGACGGUAAAGGCUUUGCACACAAUCAAGGAUCGCCUUCGACACCAGUCCACCAUCUUCUUCGUUAAUGACGGCCUAGGGCUUGCGGAACUGGUCAACGAAAAAGUCUUCCCAGACCCGUACAAAAGACCAACAUAUAUCCUUGGCAACAUGACACACAAGCUCGAGUCAACCGAGCGUCACUUUACCAUCAUCGAAAAGUCUUCCGGGCGAUUGCAGUGCUCCAAGCUCCCACAGGAGUUCAUCACCCCGUUAGGGGCAAUUUCAGGAGCCAAGCUGAUAAGAAAAGACAUGAGCUGGUCAGCAGGCGCCAGCCACCUCGUCGGCACUCUGGCCCGCACACCAUGUCUCAGCACCCUCACUCUUGGCCACAAGAGCUUUUACGCAUCCCAGCUUCAGAAACUCGUCGCGAACGCCGUCAUUGGCCCCCUCUCUGUGGUAUACGACACCACCAACGACUAUUUGCUCUACAACUAUGACGCUUCCCAGACCAUGCGCUUCCUCGUCCACGAGAUGUCGCACCUCAUAUGCUCCUUUCCAGAGCUCCGCGGUCUCUCACAUCUCCAAACCGAGUUCAACACUAAGAAACUCGAAGCCAUCAUCGUCAGCAAGAUCAAGGAGAGCGGAAAAAACCUCUCCAAGAUGCUGCAGGACGUCCGGGCGGGCAACCGCACGGAUAUCACGUUUUACAACGGGUAUCUGAAGCGCAGGGCAUACGAGCUGGGAAUUGACGCUCCAAGGAAUGAGCUGUUGUUGCAUCUGGUGAGCGGGAAGCGGGCGGCGAAAAGUCGGGAGGUGAACAACUAUAUCCCAUUCGAGAAUGACUAUUAG